AUGGAUAAUAUAACCAAAAUUCGUCUUAUCAAUGAAUUAAAUGCAAAUAAUGAUGAAUUAAAAUCUUUAGAAAAUUUAUUAAAAAUUCAAAAAGAAAACUCAAAUAAACGAAUAAUAAAUAAUUUCGAACCAUCGGUUAUUAUUGAAGAUUUUCUUUAUCAUGGAGAUUUAGCUCAUGCAAUUGAUAUUAAUUUACUUGUGAAUCUUAAUAUAAAAAAUAUUAUUAAUCUAUGCGAUUGUCAAUUAGAUGAACAAAUUAAAGAAAUUUUUAAUCUUUUAUGGAUUCAAAAUUUAGAAGAUGAUUUUCAUGGAAACAUUAAUGAAUAUUUUGAUCAAACAAAUAAAUUUUUAUUUAAAUGUAAAGAAAAAAAUGAAAAAGUUUUAGUUCAUUGUCAAGCUGGAAUAUCUCGAUCAUCUUCAAUUGUUCUUGCUUAUUUAAUCAGAUAUAAUAAUUUAAGUUUAGAAAAAGCUUAUGAAUAUUUACUGGAAAAAAGACCAAUAGCUGCUCCUAAUUGUGGAUUUCUUAUUCAAUUGAUUCGAUAUGAAAAGGAAAUUAAAAAAUGA